AUUAACUUGGAAAACUAUCGCGAAAAAAUUCAAACGCUCCAAGCUCAACUUCGCGACGAGAUUGCCAAGCCUGUUUCCUUCAGGACGACUGCACGAUCAGAUGCCGGUUCAACUUUGAAGGAAAUUUCAGAGAACGACGAUCUGACAGCAACGGCAAGGAAACGGAAAAUGGAUAGCAAAGCGAGCUGCGUAUUUGAAGAGCUAGAAGAAGUAGCCGAGAGACAUCGGGAAAGUUUGGCCUCCAUUUUGGCACAUCUCGCAUGCUGCGAGAGAAAACCAGAAGCAAGGAAUCUCCUUCGGCAAAUCGUGGAUUUAAUCGCCGAGGAAAAAGGAGUCAGCAAGGCGGUGAAAGUUAUCCUCUCAGACGAAACCUUUUACGCAUUCAUGCACUCUAUGGCAGUGCCAGAUUGGGUGUUGCUUUAUUUUAAAAUAAGUGCUCGUUUGCCUGAUGGUGCCUGGCAGAUGCUACUGAAUCUGACCAAGCUUGGUGAUACAAAGGUUAGUUCAUUUCGCCUUUUUUUCCUUUUGCCUUAACCCUUUAUCGUGCAGCCGUUAAAAGCUUUUCUUAAAUUAUUAUGUUAUGAUCAAUAUUAUCUUUGUGAUAGGUUUGAACCAGGAGUCAUUUCAUAAGUAGGUUGAGUAUGCUUUCGACAACCUGAGCGGAAGUCAUCUUUAGACUCUGAAGAUGACUUCCGCUCAGGUUGUCGAAACGUUGGUCAGUGUCAACAACAACAGGACUACGUUCACCUGGACGAUCAUACUCAACCUACUUAUGAAAUAUUAUCUUUCUUCCCCUUAACUGAUUUUUAAUUGAUGAUAGAGACUUAUAAUAUCAUGUCACAUGGUCAUUUUAUUGUCUUAAACAUUUUCAAAGCAAGCCUUUCUAUUUGAGUCUGAUCCUUAAAGUGUUGGGCCAUUUCUAUUUAACAACUAAGCUUAUUAAGUGUACAUGUACCAAAUUUUUUACAAAGUCAUACAAAGUGGCUUUUAAGUAGCAGCAGUGGUGGUAGGAGAUCUUCAGCUAGAAAUCAAAAGUGUGUCUUUUGUUUUCUAAUUGUUAUUAUAGAAAAAUGAUGAUGCACCUUUACUGCUGUCAAAGAAUAAGAUUAAGGCUGUCCGGAAGGUGAUUUUCCAGGUCAUUCGGAAGACAUUUGGUGUUCGUAAUGCACCAACGCCUUUGAUUGACAGCCAAGUGGAUCUGGCUUCAGUAGCAACUUGGAUCAUAAGGGAAGAAAGGUUACACAAACUAGACAAGGAAAUUGUUGACUUGAACCUCAAACUUGAUGGCAGGCCAUUUUGGGGUAAUGUAUACUAAUUAAAUGAUUUUGUUCAUUUAUUCUAUUGAUGAUUAUAUAUUGGUUAUUAUAAAUCUAGCCCAUCACUUUCGCCAAGGGCUUGCAGCCAGGGAUUUUAAUUCCCCAAAACCCCAAUAACUUUUGUAGGAAACAGACCUGCAACUGACAAAAAAAAUUAAUCCUUUUGGGAUAACAGUAAUUAUUGGAAAGACAUUCUGUAAUGUUUUCCUCAAAUACUUCAGAAUACACUAUCAUUUCACAAUUUUUUUGAUAAGAUCCCUGUCUAUGGACCCAUUGUUGCUAAGAAGUUUUUGUACAGUCAAGUAAUACAAUAAACAAUACCAAGCAAUUGUACGGUAUAUUUGAAUUACUUCUCAUUAAUAACACCAAUUUUGUUUUAAAAAUGUUCUUAUUUCAGGAAAAGCCCAACUUAUGGCUGGUGUUGUUCCUAUAGGUGACCCAAACCUUCCAGAACAAAGUGCCAAAUCUGUGUAUCCUCUAGCCAUUGCCAACUGCACAGAGGAUAGGUAAGAUUUAAAUGAAUGAAUGACCAUGUAGCUAUUAGGUAAAUAUAGUAAGCCAUUGUGUUCUCCUUAUCAGGCGGUAACCGGUAAAAUUUACCACCUGAAGCAACAACUCUUACCGCCUGCAGCCGCUUUGAAGGUUUACUAAAAUUGAAUGAAUAGUUUUAAAAAAUAUGCAAGUUGUGAUCAGAUCUAAACAACGAAAUUUUUUUCAUUAUUUUUUGAGGAAUAACAUCCGACAGCUGAUGGCAGACAUAAACAAGCAAAAGGCUGCCCUCAAAAAGCAUGGCCUUUGGGUCGAUGGGAAGCAUUAUCGAUUCAACUUCACAGGUAAGGGAUUUAAAUUUUAUUGACCUAUACAUUAGUUGGAACAAGUACAUGACAGACACUGAUAUUAAGUCAAAAUCUUCACUAAGAAACGCUACUUGAAUUUACACUUUUAAUACACUGUAUACUAGAGUAUUUAUGGCACAUACUCAUUGUAUAAGUCAUGACACAGAGCAUUUGAGCAUUGUGUUCACAUUCCUGGUAUGGCCUUUAUUUUAAUUGUCAAGUACCUGAAAAUGACCAAAUUACAUGUAAUAGUACAUUAUAUACGGGAUCAUGUGUAUUUAAAGGAGUGUUAACCUUAUGUAUCGGCUAAUAUCCCAGUUAACAGUCAGUCAACAUAUUGUUGACACCGUUUCCAUAAGACACAUACCCAUUAUGUACCUAUAAAUUAUUUGGCCAUGAGUUGUUUUGUUUGUCCCAAGAAAAAAAAUAAAUCAACAGCCCACCACAUUACAUUUUGUAGGAAUGCAGCAGUUAGUGAUACCUCUGCAUUUGAUUUCCAUGGAGUGCUACUAAGUCAAUACAAAUGUAUGACUGAUGUGUGAAAACACUGUCUGCGGUGACCAUGCUCAGUUUUACAGUAAGAGAAAUAAAAAAAUUAUCAGGGGUAAUUUAAUUAGGAAAGACUGUUCAAUUUUUAACUGCCAUUAUAAAUAGCUGCUUGAAUUUAAAAUUAUCUGUCUUUUUUUACACAGUUACUUUGGACUACCAUUCUCUUGUCCUUCUCACUGUUAAAAAGGACAAUGAGGAAUUUGUACUAGGAGGAAAGGGUUACAGCUGUGAAUUUUGCUUAUACUGCACAGCCAUAAGGGUAAUUAUAGUAUAUUUUUUGAAGGAUCACAACACGUACUUCACGUCACGUUUUACUGUAUUUUAAACAUGAUGUUGCAUGCCUGUUGCUCAUGUUAAUGUUAGGCCCAGUUCAGACAAUGAGAAUUAAAAAUGACAACUUUGUCACCAUUUUCCAUUCUUCCAGCUCUUUAAAUUUUUCUGAAAAGAGUGUAUUCUUCCUUAUUCAUCCUGGCAAAAAUGUUUCCCUUAAGGGAGUGACUGCAUGAUUUAAUUCAUCCUCUGUGUUGUAUGUACAUGCAACUUUUGUUAAAGGCCUCAGUGUGGCUGGUAUCUUAGAGGAAUGUUAAUCCUUUCUUUUUAUUUUUGACAUAUUAUUAUUUAUUAUAAUAUUUAACAGAGAUGUAGAUGCCCUCAUUCUGACCCACAUGAGACAUGUGUAAAAUGCUUCCAGGAAAGUAAAGGAAACAUUGGAAAGUAAGUAGCAUAAUAAUGCUAAUUAUUCAGGGCUGUCAAUAAUGGCCUGGCGAUAGGGAUUUGGCCAGCCUGUUUUCGUAUGUAUAUAAGAAAAGGAGAACAGAACCCAAAAAACUUUCUAUGUUCAAUUACCUGCCAAAAUUGCAUUUAAUACCCAGUGACAGCCCUAAUGUAAACACUUUUCAAUGACAUUGUGCAUCUUCAUGAGAUUUAAACAUGUGUAGUCAAUUGAUAAUAAAAGUUGUCAUGUAAACAAAGGUCAGGUUGUAUGAGAAGCCACUGAAGUCUUGUAAAAGAGCGAGAGCUUUUUUAUCAUAUACAUUUGUGGAUUUGAGUAAUGUAUUAUAGUAGUAAAAUUAAUAUUGUUGUUAUUAUUUAAGUUUUAAAUAGUUUAUUACUUUGUUCUAAGUUGGAAGGGAAUCCGAGAUGACCUUAAUUUUCUGUUGGAGGAAGAAAUCAGCAGCAUCAAUCUUUGUGCACUACAUUGCGAAAUGCGCAACACCGAGCAAGUCAUUGGCUCUGUUGGACUCAUGUCCUACCAGUGUGGUGCACUGAAGGAGUUAAAUGCCAAAUUGUCAGCACUUGGUCCAGGAACCUUCAAAGACAAUUAUGUCAAGAUAAAGGAGAGGAAGGGACAAGAGACAGCUAUAGACAGAAGCAAUGUGAAAGUUAGCUCUAUGUCAGGUAAGUGA